AUGUGUGCAGUGAAGAGGACGAUCCUGGUUACCGGCUCCACGGACGGUAUCGGUAAGGAGACCGCAUUGCAACUGGCUCGCAGCGCGGAAAAUUUGGUGAUAGUUCACGGUCGCAACGUUCAACGCUGCACGGACUCCGUAGAAAUGAUCAAGAGAAAAACGGGAAACGAAAAUGUCCAUUUCAUUGUCGCAGAUUUCAGUUUGAUGUCAAACGUGUCGCGGAUGGCCGAGACGUUAAAAACACGAUUCCCCGCCCUCAACGUCGUUCUCUGUAAUGCUGGUGUGUUGCUGCCUAAGCGAGAGAUCAGCCUGGACAAGUUGGAACUAACAUUUCAAGUAAAUUAUCUUGCGCACUUCGCAUUGGUCAACCUGCUGCUGGAGCUGCUGAAAAAUAACCGACCGUCUCGGAUCGUUAUGGUUAGCUCAAUUUGUCACUCAUGGCACUCGAUCGACUGGGACGACCUGUUCGCCUCCAAAAACUACGAAAAAUACGAGCAGUACUCGAGGACGAAAUUGGAGCUUCACAUGCUAGCACUGACGUUGGCGAGACGUCUACGUGACUCCGGCGUUACUUGUAACGUUUGCGAACCAGGUGUAGUAGAAACCAAGCUUCUCCGGGCAGGUGGUUAUCAUGGAGAGCCAGUGGAAAACGGUGCCAGAGUCGCUGUCCAUUUAUGCCAGUCUGACAUGCAUGGCGUAAAUGGUACAUAUUUUGAUCACAACCUGAAGAUAGAAGAAAGUUUCCCUGAUAGCAAAGUCGAGCAGCUCCAAGAGAAACUAUGGAAUCUUAGCAUGGACAUAUGGACUAAGUGUCUGAAGAACAAAAAUGACGAUCAACAGGAUUCAAAUAUUAGUCGCUAG